CCUUCUUCUUUUUCUGUGAGCUUUUUUGGCAGUUUGCAAAUUGAGUUUGUAAAAAAAGUAAAAUCCUGGAAAGAGCAGUGGCUGGCCAGCUCCAACAUCACAUAUCCCACCAUGAGCUCUUUGAACCCCUCCAGUCUGGCUUCAGAACCCACCACAGUACUGAGACUGCCCUCAUUAAAAUCACCAACAACCUUCUAACUGCUGCCGACAAAGGCCUCAUCUCCAUUCUCAUCCUCCUUGACCUCUCAGCAGCCUUUGACACAGUUUCCCACACCAUCCUCCUCAACCGCCUCUCUGAGCUCAUUGACUUCAGUGGCACAGCUCUUUCAUGAAAGGAAAGAGGACGCUGAAGGGCGCUAACUCCAUCCUGGCCCCAGUUAACGCUGGUAUCCCCAGGGAUCUGUGCUCGGCCCUCUCCUCUUCACCAUAUACAUUCUCCCCCUGGGUCAAAUUAUACGUCACCACGGUCUCAGCUUCCACUGCUAUGUUGAUGACGCCUAACUGUACAUUAGCACCAAACCCUCAACUCAGCUUCCACCUGGACCACUUGUCAAUUGUUUGCAAGAAUUUAAAAACUGGAUGACCUCUAAUCUUCUCAAACUAAAUAGCAAUAAAACUGAGCUAAUGGCGGCGGCUCCUAAGCCACUGCUUACCAGGCACUUUCAAUAACUAGAUAUUUAAGUACAGUAUAAAAACAGCUUUGAGAGUGGAAAUUUCAAGCAUCAUCUACAAGGACAUGUAUCUGGAGAUAGAGAGACGAUGGGAGGAUUUAUUGCACACCAAUGGAAGAUAUCAAUCCCUUGACGGGUUGGGACAGAGGUUCUUCGACUUUUCUGUGAUGUCAUACAACAUCCUUUCACAAAAACUUUUAUAUGACAAUGCCCACCUGUACAAGCAUUGUUCCUUACCCAUCCUUAAGUGGAAUUAUCGUUUGAGAAACAUCAUGAAAGAGAUACAAAGGCACAAUGCUGAUAUUUUGUGUCUUCAAGAAGUACAAGAGGAUCACUAUGAAACCCAGGUUAAACCCAGCCUUGAGUCUUUAGGAUACCACUGUGAGUAUAAGAAGCGGACAGGCAAUAAGGUAGAUGGCUGUGCUGUGGUCUUCAAACAAGCGUCCUUCUCCCUUGUGUCUUGUCAUCCUGUGGAGUACUUCAAACGAGAUAUUCCCUUGCUGGACCGAGAUAAUGUGGGCUUGGUGCUACUCCUGAAGCCCAAGCUAGAGAAAGGUAUCACUAAUCAUCUUUGUGUCGCUAAUACACACCUUCUGUACAAUCCGCGGCGUGGGGACAUCAAAUUGACUCAACUUGGACUGCUUCUGGCGGAAAUCAGCCAUGUAUCAAAGCAGUCAGAUGGUAGCACUUGUCCUGUUGUUCUUUGUGGGGACUUUAAUGCUGUGCCCUGGUCUCCACUUUAUCGCUUUAUCAGAGAGAGGAAGCUUGAAUAUCAUGGGAUUCCUGUGGGCAAGGUGUCUGGACAGGAUGAGAAGCGUAAAGGGCAACGCAUUCUUAGUGUGCCCCUCUGGCCCCAAUGUCUGGGAAUUAGUCAGCAGUGCCAAUAUGAGGACCCUUCCCCAAGUUCUAUACGGAGUGGUGAGGGUUCCAGAAUUAACAACAGGUCUUGUAUUGAGCACAGCUUAAAUCUCACCUCUGCCUACUCCCAUCAUUCUUCAAAAAGAGGAAGACCAGAGAUCACAACCUGUCACUCAAAGAGAGCCAUGACUGUGGACUACAUAUUUUAUUCGCCAACAUCAAGAGACACAUCCUUAAAUUCAGUCAAAGGCUCUCUGGUGGAGAAUCGUCCUUCGCUGUGUCACCUCCUCAUAUUCCCUGGCUUUCGGCCAUGGUGUUUGUUGCUGUCCAGGACCUCCUGGCACUGCUGUAAAACCCUAAUCAGACAGGUCCUUCUCCACAUUGGCGGCAACACGUCGAAGAGCCUCUUUUCUUCGUCAUCACUCUACUUGUUGGACAUAAAGGCAGCGUCAGCUCCUUGUAGCUAACGAUUAGGGCUGAACGAUUUUGGAAAAUAAUCUAAUUGUGAUUUUUUUCCCCCCAAUAUUGCGAUUUAAUAUGUGAUUAAUAUUAAGCUCUUUAUCUUCUGUAUUAUUCAACAUAGACAAGCAAUAUAUCAUUCUAUAGUAUGACCAACACAAUAUUAGAUAAAUUAAACAUCAACUGUUCUUUUCUUGGAGCCCAGGCCUAUGUUAUGAAUGAAAUAUUUUUUUUUUAUACAACUAUUUCAGUCACAUUAGUAGGCCUAUUUGUUGAACUUUCAGCCUUGUAAACAUGCAAUAAUUCUUAUAUGUUACAAUUUUAUUUCUGUUUAUACAGUAGAUAUGAUCUGUUUUGUUCGUUAACAGUUACAUGUAGUGGCACUGAAAUGGGUUCUCCUUAUCCCGCUCUCUGUCUCUCAUACACGCUCUCCUCUGUUCUUGCAUGUGAAUUGGAACAAAGUAGAUUGUUGCAGCACAAAAUGCGGCGGAUUGACUGUUCAGUUCGGUGUUCACUAAAGAUUAGCAUCAUCAACACCGCGGUGCAAUACGUAUGCAUGCGAAUUAACUAGUUUAAUUCACAACCGGGAACGUGGCGUGAACGACGGCUGCGUGGUGUUUUCUAUGUCUUUGCUAUGUUUUUUUUCUUCACUGUUUUGAAUGGAAAUGCUUCCAACACGCUUGUGUGGCAUGAAAAAUAGGCGCGAGUCCUAUUCCUAGCAUGCACACGUUUCCAGCGCGGCUCGAGCUGUGCCUGAGACAUGCGUGUCACGCAGGCGGUGUGAAAGCUCUAACCUGUUAACAUGGGAGUCGAAAUAAAAAUGGACACGCCACACAGCUGACAUGCUCACGCCACGCACCCGGUGUGAAACAGGCCUAACGGUAUGUGUCCAUUAUUGCGGCGUGUAGACGCUUGCAGACACCUAGCCCUCUCCCCCGUCACCGCUUGUGGGUGUGUAGUAGGCUAAAGUGUAUGUUGUAACAUUUCAUUUGAUCUAAUUACACAAUGCCAGCUAACGUAGGCUACUAAAGUGGAGGUAGCCUGCUUAAAUCGUAAUACUGUUAACCAAUGCAAGGAAUUUUAACAUCUUUUAUUGAAACACUUUUAUUGAAUAUCACUGACAUGUUCCUCCAAAGCACCUUCUGUCUUGGUUCAAGUCGAGAGACAAGGUCUUUUUGAUAGGGUGCAGUGACGAACUUGUUCUAGACUUAAUGGCUUCGCCACUAUAUACAGUAGCUUCAUAUAUUUUCAUUAAAACAACAUGAUUAUCAGGCGGAACAAAUAUUUCUGUCAGGCUAUUGUUCCAGAUGAUGACUAGAGCAAAGGAGAGAACUUGUUUACAUAAACAGUAAAAGAAAGGCUGGUUUACUGAAGAUGUAACGCCUCGCGUUAACCGCUCUCAUUUGCAUAAAUUUCAGCAGAUGCAGUAGGGGGAAUUAGGAAAUAGAACCAGGACAUGGCAGGUUCCAGCAAAAGUUAAUGAAGAGGUUUAUUUUCAACUAAGUAGCUCUACUGAGACCUUUCUUGCCACUGUUAGCUGGUCCUCUUGUUUUAGUUAGGGAAAGAUAGGCUUAUUUUUCACCAAUCUACAAAAAAAAAAUUCUUACCAAUAACUUUGUGUUCCUAUAGGUGUCUAGUAACACCUCCCAAUUUAUCCACGGCUAAAUCAAACACAUGGAGAAGGGAAACACAUGGAGAGCCCAUUAAAUUUGGGGUGCCCAGAGGGUCUGGGCGAAAAUAUUGAAAACAUUUUGUUUUACCAAUAUUAGCUUUUAAGAUGUCUAACUAGGGGUUUUUAGGGGUGCUGAAUCUAUCAAUUGUUCAAUAAAACCACAUGUUAUGGAUUUUUUAUGGACUUGGAGUAAUUUUUACUCAAAACUAAUGGCUGGGAUAGAUUCAGCACCCCUAAAAACCCUCUGGGCACCCCAAACUUGAUUUGCUCUCGAGGCAUUUCCCUGAGGAAAUUGGGAGGUGUUACUAAACACCUAUAGGAACUAAUAGUAAAAAAAAGCAAUUACAGUUUUUGCCUAUUGCUUACACACUUUUUUCAGAAUUUGGCUCAUUAUGUCAAAACUCUACACACAGCCAAAUAAGACAUAGCACUUAGAUGGAGAUAAACAACUCACAUCACAUCACAGAGUGAGUGAGUAGACUUGACCACUACAGUAGUAAUAGGCGAUGGAAACGAUAUGCAAUAUAAACGAUACAAAACUGGCCUACGAAAGAGAUUUAAUUCUAUUGCAAUAUCGCGAUAAUGCAUGUUGACCCAUGAAAUGUAGAGCCACGAGCUGCAGCCGGAUGCAACACAUCAUCGUCAAGCAAAACAGAGGAGCUGGGGAAAAAGACCGGUGCAACAUCCAUUAUUUGGACUUGUUUUGGAUUUAAGCCAUCCGAUGAGCAGCAGUAAACUAUACCCUGUAGUUCAGAGGUGGGCAAACGGCCCCUCUCACUUUAAUCCGGCCCGCCAAGCAUUUAAUUAGGUUAUCAUAGGCUGCUCGCUAUUUUUUCCUGCAAUAGAUGGCGUUGUGGUUAGCUUUACGGCAAACUGGUUUUCACUCUUCUUUAAGAACAUUUAUAAUAUGUAUGUUACAUAGAGAUGAUACUCUUUGUAAUCUCCAUUGCAGUAGCUCUAACUUGAACGUUAUGCUACUCCAUUUAAUUUGGAACGCGUUUAAGCGCGCACGAGAGAGAAAGAGAGAGCGGCAGGUUCCUGCUGGCUUGUCAUUGUUGAUAAUUGCUAUCUCCUUUUUAUAAGAAACUUAGCAAAGAUCAUUAUGAGAACUAAACGUGUGAACACAAUGCUUUAAGUGACAGUGCACCAUUUAUAAAUGAGUUAAACAGCAUUAAAUUUUAAAAAAUUAUUACUAGCAUAUAAUUAUAUGAAACAUUAAACAUUCGGCCUGCCGGCUAAUUUCAAAACCCAAUGUAGCCCUUGAAAACGUGUACUUGAAAUUUUAUUUUUUUGCAACAUUAUGUUAUAUAAUUACAGUUUUGCACAAUAAAUGUUCU